AUGGCCAGCACCGGCGAAGGCACCGAUGAACAUACAACAGAGGAUGCGCGGUGGACGUUGAUGGCCCCGGAUGCCGGCUGCCUGGAGGUCUGGUCGCCGCGGUCGAAUCGAUGGAAGCGCGUGCACGUGCUGGCUCGUAUGGACCUCAGGUGGAUCGGCGCAAAGGGCGACGGAGUCCUGCCAAAGGACACCAAGGCCUGGGUGGGCAAGGGGCACAGCAUGGCGCUGGUGCGGGGCCGCACGGAAGUGAUCCACACGGAGGGGGACUGCCAGUGGGCGGUGCAGCUUGGAGAGGACAAGCAGGAGUUCAGGGCGGAGACC